UGCCUUUAAGGAAUUGGAGGAUUCCUCUCUCCCCGUCGCCGAAACCCUAAUUGCAGUUUUCUUUAGAUCUCGAUUUUUUGUUCUUAUAGAUCUGCUGUACGGGGGCGUUUCUUUGCGAAUCCUAAGUAAAACCCUCGGUUGUUCGGGGUGGAAUUAGUUAGUGGGUUCAAUUUGUUGUCGGGUGAGAAGCUUCGAUUCGAUCUCGAAGAUGUCUCGGUGCUUUCCAUACCCACUACCUGGGUACGCUCUGGGCGGAGCCAGCCAUGAGGCCUUGAUCGAAUCGAUUAAGCUCCGAAAAAGGGAGAAUGCCAAGCAGAAGAAGAAAGAGAAGAAAACCUAUAAGAAAGGAGAAGAGGAGAAAAGGAAAGACAGAAAAGAGAGAAAAGAGAGAAAGAGGAAGUCUGAAGACAAGACAUGUCAGGGUCGGGAGAAAUCUAAUACCCCUCAAAGCCACAUUGACAAAAAGCUUUCGGCCAAUGUGAAAGGGGAUCUUCUUCCGAGUGGAAGUAAAACUGAACCUGAGCAACUCGAACGAAGCACUCUAACUGAGGAGCAUGGGCAAUCUGUCCAUUUGCAUGCUCCCAGCACUUCCUCUGAUAGCACAGAGAAUAGCAACAAGAGGAAGAGGCCGAGCUCGCCCAUGGAUGUUCCCAAUGUCCGAGCAGGAAAGAUCAUCCGUAUUCGACUGUCCUCUAAGAAGCAGAAUGAGUCAAACGUGUCAUCUUUAGGUGAACCACAGCUUUGCUCUACAUCCGGGCAGGCAGAAUCCAUUUCUCACGAUAACAGCAAGACUGCCCUGAGGUAUCCCGGGGCAAUUUCUUGCAACACAACAAAUCAAACGGAUAGUAUUCCUCAAGGGCCUCUGCAAAGAUCCAAUCAGAAAGAGAUUUGUUCGACUUCCCGGCCUACCAGCACUCUUGCUCCUGUGGGAACAAGAAUUCCACCAACAACGACCACCGCUACACCAAAAUUACAUAAAAUGGAGUUGAAGUUGAAGAAUAUAAUGGAGAAUUGGUUUCCACCUCGGUUGGAGGAUGUACCUCAAGAUUUGGAUGAUCAAGAUUGGUUGUUUGGACGAAAGAAAUGUAUACCGACAGAGAAAAGACAAAAACCCGUAAUCCCCAGUGUGCCCUGCUCCAGCGAUGCAGCAUUGUGGCCUCGUGCGCAACACUUGCCGGAAGUUGAUAUCUAUGCCUUGCCUUUCACCGUUCCCUUCUGAGUUUGCAUGGAGAGGCCGUUACGUUAUCAUGCUCAUCCACUGCCUGAAGGAUUUUGUAGCGUUUCUUUAGUAGAGUGCCUAGAUUUUUCAAUUUCGGGGCAUAGAUAACUUGUAAUGAAUUCAAUAGAGAACUACUUUGUCUAUGGUUCAAAAUUUAUUGUUGUUGAAAGCCAA